AUGGAUGGCAUAGCAGUAAUCAAAGAUAGUUUGCUGUACGAAUAUGUCGAGUCGCUAUGUAGGAGGCUACAAUCACUUCUUCCGAAUAGGACUGGGUAUACCAUAGCAGAAGUGGAGUUGAACCCACAGUUUGUGAUUACCAAGAACUUGCUAGACAAGGGCAACAUAAACCCGACGUUAGAUAGCAACAACGAUACGGUAUUUGUGUCAAACGUAUUUGAUUGUUUUUGCGGGAUGCUUAACAAUAUCAACAAGGAGUCCAACUUGAUAAAGUUACGAGAUAGAGAUGAAAAAUCGUUGUCAUCAACACUCAUCAUAUUGAAACUUUUGGCAGACAUUAUAGAACAUAACUGGCGCCUGAAAAAGGCUAUCAACGACUUCAAGAAUGAAAUUUUUUCGUCUAAUUGUGAGUUGGCCUCAAAUUAUGCAAUAUUCUAUCAUUACUCACCUCCUCCUCCAUUAAAUACACCGAUAAUACAUCCAACCAUAGAUACGUUAUUAUCUUUACUUUCUCCACUGGUAGUACGGAAGGUAUUGACUCUUCUAAGAUCAAAUCAAGCUGAAGGAAUGGACUUGAAUCAUUUUUAUAGAAGUCUCAAUAAUAAUCAUUCCCAUCAUUAUAAUUAUGCAACAGAAAGUACAAGCUCGAAUAUUGGCACAUCGACAGGUGAUAAUGAUUCCGUAGGUAGCGGUAAUACAGAGGCCCCUACAGGUGGCCGUGAAUUUAUCACGAACUAUGUUAAUGAUAUUGACAAUUACAUAGAGAUUGCUCUUAAAUUUAUCGCAGCUUCAAAUCCGGAGGAAUAUUUUGACUAUAUCGAUGCAAAGCUUUUUAAGUAUUCCAGAAUGGGUGAGUUGGUUCCAUUGCCAGCUUUGCAAAAAUAUUCCCCAUUAAUGAAGCACAUAUUUUACCAAGCCUCAGUUGGAGAAAAGACUUCACGAGAAAUUUACAAAGUUUUACCAUAUAUUAAAUCUCAUUAUUGGAAAUUGGCCUUUAUGGUUUUCUUUGCAACAAGUAUCAAGGAUCAAUGUUUUUCAAGACCAGAGGAUUACCAAGCAUUAUUAACCCCUGGCUGUGAAAUAGAGCUUGGUAUACGAGUUUUAUUUGAUUACAUCCACACGAUUAUAGAGGAAUCGCCAUAUUCAGGCUGUAGUUCGAUUAUUCAAAGUUGGUUAGGAGUUCUUUGCGUAAGUGAUUUUAUUGAAUUGGAGAAUAAGCCAAAUAAAUUGAGAAUUGCAUUUAAUAAAAGGUUGAAGUUUUUGAAUACUACUUUAAAAGAUGCAUCGUCAAUGACCAAUUUAGAUUCUUUUGAUUCAUUAAUCAAUAUUUUUCACUUAGGGGCAGCCUUGACUAAUACAAGCGGUUUCACAAGUGAGCAUUCAGUGUACAAAUUUUCGUUAGCUCAUUUGGAUGAAACUCAUGAUAACUUGAAUAAAUUAAUAAGCAGAACUAAAAAUGAUGAUUUGAAACAAUUACAAGAUAAUCUAUUGAUCAAUUUUUAUAUUGCAGCAUUAAUGAUCAAGCCAAAGAAAUAUAUGAAUAUCUUGGUUGCUAAGUUUAAUGAAUCAAUGACGGAUAUGAGACAAGCAAGAAUAUUAAUUAAAACGAUUAAAGGGAUAUCUGAAUUUGAAAGAACUACAGAUAUAUUUAGACAGUUAAUUACUAAAUUAGCGGUGUUUUUGAAAUCUAUGAUAUUCUAUUUAACUAGGUUUUUGACGCUUCAUGGCCAUUCAGAAGAGUUUUCCACCGAAUUCCAUCUGAAUGAUAGCACGAGUGCCGUACAAAGUAACGAAGAAUGUGGCAAUCAAGGUGGCAAGUAUGAUGAGGAUGUGCACAUUGACUCGAAUCAAUCUUCAAUAUUGAAUCUUGAUCGUUAUAUCACAGAAUUAUCACCAUCUUCAACUAUACGAGAAUCACUCAACUCAAUUGACAAUAUUAUAACAAAUAUGAGUAUGGACAUAUCUACAUAUAUGCAACCGUCUCUUGCAUGUUUUGAAGAAUCUCAAUUAAUGUUCAGUGCAGAAAGAAUGUUAUCUGACUUGUUUGCGAUAUUUAUUGGUGCUCCAGAACUUUAUUUCAAUGACUUUGAAUUAAUGAAUGACAUACACUUGGCUAAUACAGACAAAGAUGAAAUUCGUAGAAGAAUUCGUAUAUUUGCAUACGAAGUUACUAUUCCUUUGCAGCACGCAUUCCAGACUAAGAGUUCACUCGAAGGCACAAUGCUAUUUGAUUCCGCGUGUGCUUUAACUAUGACGUUAUUUGAUAGGGAGAAUAAGAUUUCAAAGAAUUAUACAAUAACUUCGGCGUAUGGUAACUACCUAAUUUGUAUUAAUAUCAUUCAGUCUAUCUGCGAAGCGUGCUUACAUUUAUCGCUUACCGAUUCAAAAUUCAAAUCAUGUUUUUUAUUUUUGAAUAGAUUUAUGCAAGCAAGGAAAGGUUACGAUGAAAUUGUAAAUGCAAAUGAAUUAAUAAAUGAUACCUCCAGUCAUUUGAGUUGUGCAAAUGUGUUUCAUUCAUUCGAGAAAAUACUACUUUUAUCUUUGUGCACUCAUGAUAUUCAAUUUUACAAUAUUGCCAAGGAUUCUAUGCGGUGGUAUUGCAAGGAAAUAAACUCUAGUCUUCAUUACAAUGAAUGCUGCUGUCCAGAAAACCUAAGUGAAACAUUUGAAAAGGUAAUUAAUGAUGAUGCGGUAUUCACUGGAUUUGUUUCAUUGCAUAAGAGAUUUAGAAAUAUUUUGAGAGAAUCAAAACCAACUAAGUCUCUCUAUGAGAUUUGGUUGAUAAUCUACAGAAGAUGGUUGGAAAAAUUGGAAAGCAAGAGCACUGUUAAUGAUCAAAAUUUAGUUUUCCGUCAUUUUACUGGAUUCUUAGUGUCAACCUCUGGAUGCUUCUUACAAAAGGAGUUUUCAUCUAAUGACCCAGAGCAAAAAUUAAAGCUGCAGGAGUAUAUUUCUGAAUUUUUUGAUAAAUGUACCAACUUGCUAACUUCAAAUGACUUGGUAAUUAGGGUUAUUAUUAAGGAUGCGUUGUCUAUGGAGUCGCACUCAGCUGUUUUCCAUUUAAUAUGUAUCAAACUUAUGAGCAUCGCUGGCUCGUAUUCGGACAAGAAAAUCGCUAACGAAGAAAGUAUUUUAUUUAUGGAACAAGUUCUUGCAAUUUUGGCCACUAUGGUUGGACUAAAGAAUGAUGGGGCUUUUGUAUUAGCUUCGUUACUUCCAGAAGUUUGUGGGUUUAUAAUUGAUUUUAUUAACUUAGUUAAAAAUGUACCUGAUAACUUAAGAUUAAAGCUAAGGUUUUGCAAACUAGGUACUGCCUUAGAAAGUGAUAAAGAGUGUGUUGGUCUCCGAGGCGCAUAUAAGCUAAGGAAUUUUUUUGCUAAAGCAUCAGCUGAAUGGCUUGAGCUGGCAGUUUUUUUUGAUGAAAAUACCAACGAGGAACCUCCGCUCUCGCAGUCUUUUUCUUUGGAUAGUCUGAUAAGUUCUAACAAAGACUCUGAGAAUGCAUACUUAAAUAUUGAUUUAGCAACUGAGUGCUCAAAAUGCCUAUCAUUACAGCUAGAAGAUUUACUUCUUGAAAUUCCAGAUGGUACAAAAGAUAAGGAUAUUCGUAAAAACAAGGAUUUGGCAUUUGUAAAUUAUUUAUCCUUAUUCUACAGGAUUCUUCAAAAAUAUACCUCGUCAGAAUUGACUUCAAAACUCACUAAAUCAAAGUAUAAAGUUAACUUGAUUACAGAAAAUGUUUUGAAAAGUAUAUCUAAUAUUCUACAAUAUGAUACUGAUAUCGGUAUGCAAUUCGUAUUACCAUUGGGAUAUCAUGAUAAUCCUAAGAUUAGAGCAAUCUUUUUAAACGUUUUUGCGAAUAUGUUGGCUGUAAGGAAACUAAGCAAAUCGAAGGAGGAAUAUCCUGAUAAACUUUUGACUAAUUUGUCUGAAUUAUAUGAGAUAUGUGGUAUAACUGCUGAAGUUGCACCGUUAAAUGAGCAUAAUCUACUAGCGUCAUCAUUAUUUCAAUUUUUUGGUUAUACCAGAAACUUAGAUAAGCUUUUUAGAACUCUUUUAGAACGUGAAAUUGAUCAUGUGUCGAGAUCGAGUGAAAUUUUUAGAAGGAAUAGCACGUUGACAAAGCUAUUGUCUAAUUUCGCUAAAGAUUAUGGAUUAGAUUACCUAUCAGAAACUUUGCGCCCAUUCAUCCAAGAAUUAGAUUUCAACAAAGUUAUUUUCGAAGUUGAGAAAUGCGAGCUGGGAGCCGAAGAUGCAGAACUAUUUAUGAAAUAUUUAAGGAAAUUGGUAGACGUAAUUCUAAGUUCGAUUGACUUGAUUCCCUCAUCCUUCAAGUACAUUUGCGCUGAGAUUUAUUACUGCGUUAAAGAAAAAUUUGAAAAUGCUGCAUUGAUUGCAGUAGGUUCAUUCAUAUUUUUGAGAUUUUUCUGUCCAGCUAUUAUUAGCCCUGAAGCAUUUUUUGAUAUUUCGGUAGAAGACAUGAAAGUUAAAAGAACAUUAAUGCAGUUAGUUAAAGUAAUUCAAAAUAUGGCUAAUGGCUCGUUAGGAUUGAUCAAAUGGCCAAGUUUGCAUGGUUAUCUGGACGAAUUAAACAUUAUAAAUCAAAGAAUUUUUGACUUUUUAAAAGACAUUAUAACUUGUCCCCAGGACACUUAUCCGUUUCAGGAAAUUACUGAGAAGCCAAUUCCUGAAUUAAGAUACUUGCACAGGUUUUUUUAUACCUAUUUUGUAAAAAUUAAGCAUCAUUAUAUUUUAUCAGAUCCGUUAGCAAAUAUUCAAAAUUUACAUCAGAAGGUUGAGACUUACAGGCAAUUUGAUAAUUUAGUUAAAGAGUUGGGUCAACCUAAAGCAUUGAUUUCAUUAUCAGUAUCUUCACCAUAUAAAAGCUUUGAUCCAAAUAAUAAUAGUAGUAAUCAGUAUAACGAAUUCAUGGCCAAAAUGUCGGCUAACUAUACCGAAUCUACUGUUGACUGCCCAGUUGUUCAUAACUCGAUCUUCCAUGAUGGAACACCUGUUGUAGUGUUGAAUUUUGGCUAUUUGAAAUCGAUGAAUAAUGAUAUUUACUUAUUCACUUACAGGUUAUUCGAAUUAGUAAGCCAAGUUUGGGAUAAUAAAUACUACUUGGUUAUUGACUUCACGUCGUCUCUCCUUGAUACACAGGCGCUAGCACUAUACGUGUCACUUUUGAAUACUUACGCUCCAAACCAAUUUUUUAAGAAUUGCAGUCGUAUUUAUUACUUCAAUAUUCCACAAGUUGAAAGUGGCUGUAUCUUAGAGACUAUGCGAGCCCUAAGACUCAAAGAAAAUAGAUCUAGUGCUAGACUCUACACUUAUUCACAAGCAGAUAGCCCAAGAAUCGUCAAUAGUUUGUGUUUAAAUGAAGAAACGCUUUCUAUUUCGAGAGAUAAUAAAUUGGUUUUUAGCGACGUCUUAUUUUACGAUAAAAGUGCGGAGCAGUUUGUGCCUGUUACACUCAGAAUUGGUAGACAAUGGUUGCAGGUUUGUUUCAAUGAUUAUUUUUCAUUCAAUGGACCUGCUUGUGUUACCGAGGGUUUUAUGCCAAUUGAAAUAUAUAAACUUUCUGACAUUACUCGAUGUGAAGUUACAAAGUCAUCUAAUGGACCAACUGAUGAAUUUAUAAUAUGUUUUAAUUAUGGUAAUACGGUAAUUUUAAGAUCACAAGAAAGGCUGGAGAUUUUGAAUUCAUUGUAUUUCACUACAUCAAGAAUCCCUAAACAAUUGCUUUCAGAAGACAAAGAUAUUGCUAACCAUGAAACAAGACCAUAUCACUGGUUUAGUAGAUUGUACAACGUCACCUUUCAAGGAUUAUUAAGUCAAGAUGAAGAAGUUAAAUCUGCUGCUGCAAUGUUAUUUGCAUCAUUAGCUACCUAUUUUGAUAUAGACUUGGCGAUUCCAAAUGGAUACUCCAGAAAUAUCUCGUUUCCGUCAAAUAUUACUGAUUUCAUUGUUUCAACCUCGCAAUUUCUUGCUAAGAAAAUGCCUACAGUGUCUCACAGGUUUUUUAAAGCAUUCUUCGAUCACUAUGAAAAGUUGCCUGUUGAAAAUCGGUUAAAUGCUACUUUAUAUAUAUCACCAUGGAUUGAUAAUGUGUGUGAUUAUAUCUAUUUAGAGAAUGAUAUAAGUGGACCAGAUAGAGUGGCGGAUAUCAUUAGGCAAUUUUGCAGGAUUUCGUGUCUCAACAAAGAGCAAAGUGCAUAUUUGAACGAUUACAUUUGGAAGAAAUUAUUUAACGACAGCAGACUCACGCCUAUUCUAGUAGAUGAGAUUGUUGCUUACAUUAUCGAUAAUAAGAAUGAGGGCCCUGAUUGGUACUUCAUAACGUCAUUCAUCUCACCAUCUGUUGAAGUUUGCAGCGAAGUUAUAUACAGAUUGAUUCUGUGUGUGAGUAAAGCAAGCACUACAGAUUCAGCAAUUGCAUCUCAAAGUAAAUUAUUUGAAAUUAAGGUUUUAAUAAAGAUCUGUGCAUCGUUGUUUUUCAAUUCUUAUGCUUUGGGUCAAUUAUUUUUGGCCGAUGUAUUCUUUUUCUGUACACUUUUUAUCGAUAACCCUGCAUUAGAUUUUGGUGCUGAUUUACAAAAAUUAUUCAUCAACACAAUACAGUCAUUUUUUCAAAAGCCGGGUUUAACUGAAACGCAACAAACCACAGUUGAUGACACACUUUCCUAUUUCAGUGGUCAACGAGCUAAAAUGUUAUUUGGCUUAACAGGGGACAAAAAUAUUUCUAGGUCCGAUUUAAGCCAGUCUUAUAAUAGAGCAACAAGUUUUGAAGUUUUGUGCCAAUAUUUGAAUGAUUUUAUGAGAGUAUUAGGAUCGUCUCAUGAGAGGUCAAACUGGAAAUCACGUUGGUGUUCUUAUGCUAUAGAUGUUGCCUUUAGUAGCACUUCGAUAUUUCAAAUUAGGGCAAUACUUGUGGUUGGAAUUUUAUCCCAAAAUGGAAUUAAUGAUUCUACAGUUUCGAGAAUUUUCAAGCUAGUCUGUCAACAGCCAAUUACUUCCUUGGAUCACCUAAAUGGUCUUACAAUCAGUUGUGCUCGUAUCUGUGAAGGAUUGUCGCCAGAUUCAGUAUUUCCGCAUGUAAUGGUUUGGCCUCAUCUUUGUUAUUCAUUACUCAGUUAUUCUGCGUUGUACCAAUCUUCGAUUCAAUGUCUUUUAAACUCUAUGAGUAAAGCAGUUCUUCAAGGACCAGACUACUUGGAUAGAAUUUUUGAACAACGUGUUUAUUUGGAACCAUUUGUUACUGAAUUUGGACAUAUGCAUAGUAUCCAAAUUGAUAAAUCAAAUUUCGAGUAUUAUACCCUUUUCACAUUUUCACAUGGCUUGAGACUUCCGCAUAUAAGACACACAUCUUUGAGUUGCAUGAAGAAAUAUUUUAAGUUGAGAUAUAGUAUAAGAGUUGAUGAUGAGAUGGAAGAGCUUUCACCUUUGAAUAUUUGUUUGCCUUAUUUGUUGAUUAUCUUCUUAAGCUCUUCAGAUUCGGCAUUUGAUAGUUUUUUGCGUGAAGUUGACUUUAGAACAGAGCACUUUGUAUAUAUUGAAAAUGAAAGAGUUCCAAGAGUCAUAUUAGAUUUUAUAUUGAGUGAUACAAAAGAUUCUAAUAUUGCUUUGAUAUAUUUGGCACAUAUGUUUGCAAAUGAAUCUGUUGAUACCGUAUUCAAACGAAAAUUUUUACAUUUAUAUUAUCAUUUGAUCAAGAUUUGCAAACCUUUGGGUUUCAUGGUUUACCAUAUAAUAAAAUCUGAGUUGGAAGAUAUUUUGAUAAAUUCCAAUUCGACGGAUACUGUGAAUACUAUAUCUGAGAUACUGCUUUUUGCAAUAUCUGAUGCAACUUAUACCAUUGAGCGUUACCAACACGAGGUUAAUGCAAUAUUGGACUUGAAUCACAUAACAAUUAUAAGGGAUCAUAUACUAGUUAAACAGAUGGAUGAUCUACAAACCGACGAUGGAUUAAAAUUAGACUUGAGUAGAGAUGUUAGAAUUCUACAAGAAAUGAUGUAUAGAAGUUCGUGCAUCUAUAUCGAGGGCCAAAAAUUGGAAGAGUGA